AUCAUUCGAUAAUGAUCUAGUUAUUAAAAUUAGUGUAACCAUAUAUCCAAUGGUUACAUAUUUGACGUAUUAAUCACCCAUAUAUAUUUUGUAAGUUAACAAUUUUGUUAAGUUGACGUUAGCAUUUUAAUACACAAAAACAAAACAUUAAAAUAAAAACGUUAAACCAUUUUUUUUUUUUUUUUAAUUAUCACUUUUAAUAUAUAGAUAUUUAUCUAAGUAAUCCUAAACGUAAUGGGUAUUUUUUUAAAAAAAGAGUUUGGGAAAUAAUUGAGAAUAGAAUAUGUGAAAAAUAAGGAAGAAAGAGAAGGAUAGAGGAUAGUGCAUGAAGUUGGACAAAAGAAUGGUCUUUGAAUAAACUAACACCUCAUAAGAUCAAGCUGGCACCGAAUUCUGAAUAUUUAAUGAACCAUACCUCAUGCUCUAUUAUGAAUUCGAAUAGAAUAAUAAGAAUUUGGCAAUGUUGUUUUGAAAAGAUCAAGAGAGUAGUUUUUCUUAAAUUGGAAAAUAAUAGUGUGGAAAAUUUAUUAGGGAAAAGGACAGUUACCCUUGACUUGAGGCAUUUAUUCCUUGCUUAGAUAGAGGCUUUCUUAGGUCAGACCGGCACUGAGUUUUAUAUUUUACAUCCCCUGAUGAAUGAUGAUGUGAUCAUCUAAUAAACGAUUACCUCUUUACGUUAUCAACUGAUUUACAUCAAGUUGGUUGAGGAGAGAGAGAGAGAGAAGUCAACGCCAACACAACUCAGUACAGAGAGCAAAUAAUCAAAUGGAAAAAAUCAGAGUAGACAUUAUUCCAUUCAUUACCUAUCCACCUUUUCAUCAAGUCAAGCCCAUCAAACUUGUUACUUUCUCCUCCUCUGAAUCUCACUGGACAUCUGCAUGGGAUCCUUCUUCUUGUUUCCUUUAGUCUUCUUUUUCUUUGGUCUGGUUUCUGGUUUAAUUUCUGUUGAGUUCAUAUAUCCAAAUUUUACUGCAUCAAACCUUCUGUUUGUGGAUAGUGCUGGUGCCUUCUUGUCAUCUCGAAAUGGAACUUUUAAAGCUGCUGUUUCAAAUCCCAGCCCUCAGCUGUCCAACUUCUACCUUUGGGUCAUUCAUGUGGCCUCAAACACAAUCAUCUGGUCUGCUAAUCGUGAUGCUCCCAUCUCCAAUUCUGGUAAGAUGACUCUAAAUGUUGAAGGGAUUAGCAUUGCUGAUGUAGGAGGCAAUCCCAAAUGGUCAACUCCACCAUUGGAGUCGUCAGUAUACUCAUUACAACUGACUGAAAUGGGUAAUCUUAUACUGCUUGAUCAAUUCAAUGAUACUUUAUGGGAAAGUUUUCAGCAUCCGACAGACACAGUUGUGAUCGGACAACACUUGCCUGCUGAAUUGUUUCUGUAUGGUUCCGUAUCAAGUAAUGAUUUAUCAACUGGUGAUUAUAGGCUUGAAAUUAGUGCUUCUGAUGCACUAUUGCAAUGGCAUGGACAAACUUAUUGGAAAUUAUCCAUGGAUACACGAGCUUAUACAAAUUCCAAUUUUAUAGUGGAAUAUAUGGCAAUGAAUAGCUCUGGUCUUUUUCUGUUCGGCCGUAAUGGAUCGGCAGUUGUGAUUCAGAUGAUUUUGUCUCCUUCCAAGUUUCGAAUUGCCAAGCUUGAUUCUUCUGGCCAAUUUACUGUCAAUAGCUUUUUAGGUUCUGAAUGGAAGCAGGAAUUUUUGGGGCCCACUGAUGCUUGUCGAAUUCCUUUCAUUUGUGGCAAGCUUGGGUUGUGUACUGCAAGUGCUGCAUCCUCUAACCCAGUAUGUUCAUGUCCUACAAGCUUCCAUGGAAACUCACAGAACACCAGUGGCUGUGCACCAAGUGUUAGUUCCUAUUCCUCCUAUUCUUUGCCACUUGGUUGCAGCACAGCCAAUCAAAGUAUUGACCUGGAUUCAUCUGUUUCAUAUCUGAGACUUGGCUACAGUACGGAAUAUUUUUCCAAUGUGUUCUCUCAGCCUAUUUUUGGUGUUGAUUUAUCAAUGUGCGAAGAUUUCUGCACAAAGAACUGUUCCUGCUUAGGAUUUUAUUAUGAAAACUCAUCUAGUUCUUGCUACAUGCUCGAAAAUGAGUUGGGGUCCAUCAUUUUCAGCAAUACAGGUCAAAAUGACAUGUUGGGUUAUAUUAAAGCCCUUGUCAAACCUACCUCACCGAACAAUGACAGUAUCAACAAUGACCAAGGAAGGAACUUUCCUAUAGUUGCUCUCGUGCUUUUACCCUUCACUGGCUUAUUUCUUUUGGUAGCUUUAGGUUUCCUCUUGUGCAGGAGAUGGAGAUUCUCCAAGAGAAGAGAGAUACAGUUAGGUCAUCAAAGAUCAUUUUCUUCAGGAGAUCUGGAUGCCUUCUACAUCCCAGGCUUACCCAAAAGGUUUGACUAUGAAGAGCUUGAAUUAGCUACUGAUAACUUUAAAACCCAGAUCGGCUCAGGUGGAUUUGGUUCUGUAUACAAAGGUACACUACUUGACAAAACUGACGUAGCUGUAAAGAGGAUAACUAAUUUAGGUAUUCAAGGGAAAAAGGAAUUUUGCACUGAGAUUGCGGUUAUUGGUAAUAUUCAUCAUGCGAAUUUGGUCAAAUUGAAAGGGUUUUGUGCUCAAGGAAGACUGCGUCUAUUGGUUUAUGAGUAUAUGAAUCGUGGCUCACUGGACCGAACCCUUUUCGGCAGUGGACCAGUCAUAGAAUGGCAAGAGAGGGUUGAAAUAGCCCUUGGGACAGCACGUGGGCUUGCAUACUUGCACAGUGGGUGUGAACAGAAGAUCAUCCAUUGUGACAUCAAGCCAGAAAACAUUCUCUUGCACGAUCAAUUUCAGGUCAAAAUAUCUGAUUUUGGGCUCUCUAAGCUUCUAAGCCCUGAGCAGUCUAGUCUUUUCACAACAAUGAGAGGUACACGCGGCUAUCUUGCACCAGAAUGGCUUACUAAUGCUGCAAUCUCAGAGAAAACUGAUGUCUAUAGUUUUGGAAUGGUUGUGCUUGAACUUAUUAGUGGAAGAAAAAAUUGUUCUUUACGUUCGCAAAGCCAUAGUGUGAAUGACAGCAAUAGUGGUGGUGCGGUCUCAUCCUCUUCCUCUGGGUCUGGGCUCAUUUAUUUCCCACUAUUUGCACUAGAGAUGUAUGAGCAAGGAAGGUACCUGGACCUUGUUGACCCAAGACUUGAGGGACGUGUGACUAGUGAAGAGGUGGAAAAGUUGGUACGUGUAGCUUUGUGUUGUGUUCACGAGGAACCAGUUCUGCGGCCUAACAUGGUUGCUGUUGUUGGCAUGUUGGAAGGUGGGAUGCCUCUUUGUCAGCCAAGAUUAGAAUGUCUAAAUUUCUUGCGCUUUUAUGGGCGUCGAUUCACUGAGACUUCUGUGAUGGAGGAGGUGACUGAGCAAAAUGUGGCCGAGUUACAUCCUCCAGCAAAUGCUUCUUCUAGAAGCUCAAUGUCUGAUGCACGUUAUUACUUUUCUUAUGUCUCAUCGCAGCAGAUAUCAGGACCUAGAUAACAUUUUGUGGUUGAGUAGUUUUUUUUUUAUCCGUAAAUGGCUGUUAAAUGUAUGCUAUUUGAAUUGUAUCAGAAUUUUGUAUAAUUUCUUACAUUUAGAUCUACUUGUGCUUCUUACUUCUCACCAUAAAUUUCAAGGUGGAUUAGCCGAAUGACUUUAACGUGUUUGGCUCAUGUAAAGUUUAUUACUGUUUUUGGAAGAUGACUAUCCCAUGCAAAUUGAAGAAAGCUUUUUAAGUAUUCUUUUUGUUUUGUCUCGUUGUUUUGGAUGCCUUGCACAGAAUGAAUGUAUCUGGGAGUUUGUUGUUCUGGUUUACAUUUUCUACUUAUCUUUAUCCUCUAGUCUUUGUCAAAGAUGGUUGGUUUAACUGCUUGAGUUUAUGCUGUUGUGUUUGUUAUCCGCUGUACAAAUUAUGUAUAAUAGUGCUAAAUAUCACAUAGAUGUUGCUUGAAAUCCUUUCUAUAUUUUCUUCUGAUUUCUGUCUUAGUUCAACGACAACAUCAAUUUAAAAUUCUAGUGUUGAGCU